AUGUAUCUCUACGCCUCUGAACAGAAGACGAAAGAAGAAAAGAAGAACGAGGAAGAAAAACGAGGUUCAGUACGGCAGCACCGUCCGACCGACCGGUCACCGCCCUCGGUCGGACCGCAUUUGUACACCAGAAUUGGAAUAAUAGUAGCUAUCUUAAAUUGGGACACUGAGGUGAACAUCGUACUAUUUCCCGAGCUGUGAUAUACCAGAAAAUAUAAACAGAAAAAUAUAUAUAUAUAUAUAUAUAUAUACCCUCCAACCCUAUCAGCAGAGAUAUAGUGUUUCCUCGUCAGUGCCUUUCUAUAAUCAAGAGACGACACCAAAGAUCUAUUUAUUUUUUUCGUUCGUCUGUCUAGUGCGCGUAAGUGUAUGUGAUCCUGACAAACUUUCAGUUGUGAUAUAAGUUUAAAUCCCACAUAUAGUACAAGGACCAAAAAAUAUAAUAUAUGAAGAGCUUUAUUUAUAUAUUUAACAAGAGCAUAUCGUGAUACAACAAAUAUAUAUCUAUUGCUAGCUUGGAUGUGAUAUAAGUUAAUAGAGAAAAAACGUUGACAUUAAAAAUAGUGACAUGUGCGCGCGUAGAUUCGCUUGAACGGUGCCAUCACGCUGCAGUCUAGCACCAUGGUCGUAUUGCAAGAAAGCGGAUCGCCGAUACAGGCGCCCGCGGCCGCAAUAUUGGACCAAUUCGACUAUCGGCAGACGACCACGUGCCUGAAGAUGGUGCCGAAACGGUUCAUCAACAUCCACCAGUGGCUGGGACCGAUCUGCUCCAAGGAUCUCAAAGCACAAAUUGUAAGUUCGA